UUGUGUUCUGCUGUAUCUCAAGCAGAUUAUGAGAAAGCGGCUGAGGAGUCUUUGGAAAGGCUAUCCGAUUAUCUGGAUACUUUGCCUGAUCAACUGCAGGUAUCACCAGAUUAUGACGUUACCAAUGCAAUGGGUGUGUUGACUGUUGUCAUAAGUAAGGAAAUAGGCACGUAUGUCAUCAACAAGCAGUCUCCGAACCGUCAAUUAUGGUUGUCGAGUCCCAUCUCGGGCCCGAAGCGUUACGACCUCGUUGAUCAUCGGUGGGUUGUGCAAUGA